AUGAACCCACAACAACCCGUCAGUAAUGACAUGAAGGAUCCUAAUAUGGUCAUGUUGAACCAACAACAACAACCAAGUGCCUACUAUCAACAACCACAACCUGGUCAGCAGCCCAUGUAUGUGCAACAACCACAACCUGGUCAGCAACAAGCAUACUACCCACAGCCUGGUCAGCAACCCAUGUACGUGCAACCACAACCUGGUCAGCAACCCAUCUAUGUUGAUCCCAAUCAAAUGCAAGGAGGAGUGUACUAUCAACCUCAAUAUGCUGUUGUUCAGCAGCAAACCACCACAACUACAGCUCAACCUGUAGUCGUAGCUACAACCACAACCAACGUGGUCAACGUUUCAGCUGAAGGAAAGCAAGCUGAAGAUGCUUUUACGAUGGCUUUGAUUAUUACUGGUUCUUCGGAAUUGGCUUUUGCUUCUCGUGUCUAUUUUGGAUUCCUGUAUUAA